AUGGCAACUGAUGAACCAUUCCAAACAGAUAAUACAGCCUUAGGUGAUUUAGAGAGUGAACAACUCUAUCUCGAAGCGGCAAAUAUUCUACAAAAACUGCAAUUAGAUAAACCUGCCGAAGAAGAUUGGUCUUUAGAUGACAUGGAAGCUCAUAUCGAAGAGAAUCUACAAGAUCAAUUUGUUCAAGAAGCACUCACUCAGGCAAUGACGCAAUAUUCCGAACAGAUCGAAGAAAAACUACAGACAAAUGAAAAAGCUUUCGUGCAAAACUUCAUUAGUGAGGCAAACAAUAUCGCCAACCUUCAUAUGCAAAUAACUUCAUGCGAUAAGAUUCUUGAGUCGAUGGAUCAUAUGUUGAAAAAUUUUCAGAGCAAUUUAGCGAAUAUUAGCAACGAGAUUCGUCACUUACAGCAAUAUUCUGCGGAAUUGAAUAUUAAGAAGAAGAAUCGAGAACUUGUACGAGGACAAUUAACUCAAGUAGUCGAUGAAAUGGUUGUACCGCAAUCGAUGAUCCAAAUCAUUAUGGACACUUCAGUCACAAACCGAGAAUUUCUCGAACAACUUCACGAGUUAAGUCACAAGAUCAAGUUCGUUAAAGAACAAUCAUUUCAUGAUGCAAUUGCCUGUCAAGAUGUCCAAGAAGUGUUGGAAAAGCUGAGAAUUAAAGCAAUCAGCAAAAUUCGUGCAUUUAUCUUAGAUAAAAUCUAUCAAUUUCGUCGUCCGAUGGCUAACUAUGAACUUCCCCAGAAUGCUCUCUUAGGAAAUCGAUUCUACUAUGAAUUCUUGCUGACAAAUGAUCGACAUAUAGCCGAUGAAAUUCGACGAGAAUAUUUAGAUACACUGAGUAAAGUUUAUUUCUCCUACUUCAAAGCAUAUUCGAGUAAACUGAUGAAACUUCAAUUGGAUGAUAAACCAGAUAAAGACGAUAUGCUUGGUGCUGAUGAUCGACCUCGUUCGAAUCUUUCAUUCUUCUCUACCACUGCUCGUCCAAAUCUAAAACAACGCGCAACGGUCUUCAGUUUGGGUAAUCGCGAUUGCGUUCUCAAACAAGAACUCGAAGCACCGAUCAUCAUUCCUCAUGCUCAACAAAAAAUCGAAGUCAAAUAUCCAUAUGAAUAUCUAUUCCGUAGUGAACAAUACGCCUUAUUAGACAAUUGCUGCCGAGAAUACUUAUUCCUUUGUGAUUUUUUCAUGUUACAAAAUCGAACAGCGCCGGAGUUUUUCAUGGACAUUUUCGAUAAAACCUUUAAAUUAAUAUACAAAGGUGUUGAAACUUAUGUCGCCGAUUCCUACGAUCCAAUCGCAAUUCUACUCUGCAUGCAUAUCGUCUAUCGAUACCAAGUGAUUGCCAAUAAACGAAAUGUGCCAAUACUAAACAAAUUUCAUAUUACAUUAAUACAACUGUUCGAAAAUCGUUUUGAAAUCGUCAUGAAAGCGAAUAUUGAUAGUGUGCAGCGUGUUGAACCUCACAAAUUUUCUUCAAUUGAAUUGAAUCCACAUUUUAUCGUCCGACGUUAUGCAGAAUUCUCCGCGGCAGUAACGCGAUUAAAUGAAGAAUUUUCCAAUGAGAAAAUCUCAACACUAAUGACACGCUUACAGGCAGAAAUUCUGAAUUUGAUCCUUCGUAUGGCAAAAGAGUUUCCACAAAGGAAAGAACAAUUAAUAUUCAUAAUUAACAAUUACGAUUUAAUGUUAUCAGUUCUAACGGCGUAUACAAGUGAAGAUUCUCCUGAGUGUGAUGCUAUUAAAGGUCUACUUCGUGAUCGAAUCGAUGAAUAUGUGAAAGAAGUUUUGAUUCCAUAUUUUUCUCCAUUGAUUUCCUUCGUUCGGGACAGUGAUCAACUUCUCUCGGAUGGUAAUGUUAAACAAUUAGAAAAUAAACUCACGAUUAUAAGUAAAUUAUUCACUGGCGACUUCAAGAAAACAUUCGAUUUGAUUCAUAACGACGUCAUUCGCUCGUUUCCGUCCCUUAAACUAAGUCAACCAAUCCUAAAGGAAGUUUUCACGCAAUUUCUAUCCUAUUACCAUGAAUUUCAACGUUUGCUUUCCACAAAUACAAAUCUAAAGACGGCAUCGGCAAAUAUUCCUCUACCCAAUCUUCAUCAGUUAAUGGUCGAAAUAAAAAAAUUCAAAUUACCCUUCGAUGGUGAGCAAUUUAAACCCCGUUCUUAG